AUGAUGAGUAGUAGCAUCAAUAGAGGAGAAGAUGAAGAUGAAGAUCCAGUCUCGAAAAUUCCAUUGAUGAAAUUAGUGGAUAAGCGAUUUUACCAGAAUUGUGGAGAUAGAUACCUUUAUGAUGUUGAGACCACGGCCAAUUGGUUGUGGUUCUUGCACGAACUUGGGAAGGUUGUUGAUAGUAAGCGUCAGAUUACUUUUAUUUCUGACCGUUAUCUUGGUCUGUUAGAAGCAAUGCCGAAGGAGUUCCCAUCAGCUCACCACGGUUAUUGCUUACAACACUUGCAGAACAAUUUAAGAGACCGGAUGAAGGAGAUUGAUAAUGGAUUUAGGGACCACCUAGUUAGUAGUUUAGGUGACUGUGCUUACGAGCUAACUGUGGUGAUGUUCCAUAAAAAGCUUGAGAUAUUAAAAGAGGAUGCUUGUAGGAAUUUCAGUCAUGUUUUGUGGCGAUGUGAAAUUUCAUAUUCAGUUUCAAAGAAAUUAACUUCGGUGUUGUACAAUGUUGUGAUAUUGUACAGGGGCAUGCGUUGCAGGGAGAUGACAUCCAAUGCGGCGGAGUCAUUUAAAAAUUGGAUUAAAGAAGCACAUAAUCUUCCUAGCACUCAAUUGGUGGACACAAUUCAUACUCAGUUGAUGCGACAACUGUCGACGCGACGUGACCAAGCAAACAAGUGGAAGGAAACAAUCUGUCCUACAUUCGAAACCAUGCUUCUUAAUUCGUUCAAUGACAGUAAGUCUUGGCAAGUUAGCAAAGCCAAUGAAGAUGUAUUUGAGGUUCAUUCAAUACCAUCUGUUACAGUUGAUAUUGCAAGGCGUACGUGUUCUUGUUUCCAAUGGCAGAUCAAUGGAUUCCCAUGUGACCAUGCUGUUAUUGCUAUUCAGAAAAGCCGGUAUAAUCUCAUUACUUUCAUGUAG